CAGCAGCAGCUCCACUAACCAAACCAAACAACUCAAAAUGGCAUUCAAGUUCAUCGCUCUCUUCGCCCUGAUCGCCGCCGCCAACGCCGGUGUUCUGCCCGCCGCCCAGGUGUACCACGCCGCUCCCGCUGUGGCCACCUACGCCCACGCACCUGUGGCCGUGGCCCAUGCCCAGCCCGUCCUGGCCAAGGCUGCCGAGGAGUACGAUCCCCAUCCCCAGUACAAGUACGCCUACGAUGUCCAGGACUCUCUGUCUGGAGACUCCAAGAGCCAGGUGGAGGAGCGCGACGGAGAUGUGGUCCGCGGCGAGUACUCCCUGAUCGAUGCCGAUGGCUACAAGAGGACCGUCCAGUACACCGCCGAUCCCAUCAACGGAUUCAACGCCGUGGUGAACCGUGAGCCCCUUGUCAAGGCCGUUGCCGUUGCUCCCGUUGUGAAGACCGUUGCCGCUGCCCCUGUGGCCCACUAUGCCGCCCCCGCUGCCUACACCUCGUACGCUGCCCCAGCUGUCGUGAAGACCGUUGCUCCCGUUGCCCACUACGCUGCCCCAGCCGUGGUCAAGACCGUGGCUCCAGUUGCCCACUACGCUGCCCCCGCUGUGGUCAAGACUGUGGCUCCAGUGGCUCACUAUGCCGCCCCUGCCACCUACACCUCGUACGCCGCCCCCGCUGUUGCCUACCACCACUAAG